AAUCUUUAUAAAUAUGAAUCGGAUACAUUCCUUAGAGAGAGAGAAGCCGCAGCAGAAGUUAUUGGUAAAAGCUCAAGCAAAUUGCAAAUUGCAAGUUUCAUAGGAGCAGCAGAGGAAGUGAUCAUGAGGAACAAGCAGGUGAUCCUGAGAGACACAGUCUCCGGCUUCCCCAAAGAAUCUGACAUGCUAGUGACCACUGGCAGUACAGAGCUGAAGCUUCCAGAAGGUUCUUCGAGUGGUGCGGUUUUGGUGAAGAACCUCUACUUGUCCUGCGAUCCAUAUAUGAGGGGCCGUAUGACCAAGCGCCAUCCCGGCGACAGUUAUGUCAACUCGUUCAACCCCGGUUCGCCUUUAACUGGAUAUGGAGUGGCUAAAGUUCUGGAAUCUGGCGAUCCCAAGUUUAAGCAAGGCGACUUCGUUUGGGGAAUUACCGGGUGGGAGGAAUAUAGUGUCAUCACUGCAACAGAGGCCCUGUUUAAGAUUCACAACACCGAUGUCCCUCUCUCUUAUUAUACUGGAAUUCUGGGUAUGCCUGGAAUAACUGCUUAUGCUGGUUUUUAUGAGGUUUGCUCUCCUAAGAAAGGAGAGACAGUCUACGUUUCAGCAGCAUCUGGAGCAGUAGGUCAACUAGUUGGGCAAUUUGCAAAGUUGUUGGGUUGCUAUGUUGUUGGGAGUGCUGGAAGCAAAGAAAAGGUUGAUUUGCUGAAGAACAAGUUUGGAUUUGAUGAGGCUUUCAAUUAUAAAGAAGAACCUAACUUGGUUGCUGCUUUAAAAAGAUAUUUUCCUGAAGGCAUCGAUAUAUACUUUGAAAAUGUUGGGGGAAAGAUGCUUGAUGCAGUGCUACUGAACAUGAGGAUCCAUGGCCGAAUAGCAGUUUGUGGGAUGAUCUCACAGUACAACCUUGAGCAACCAGAAGGUGUACAUAAUUUAACGUCUGUGAUCUCUAAACAGCUCCGUAUGGAAGGUUUUGUGGCUCCCAGUUACUAUCAUCUUUACGGGAAGUUUCUUGAAAUGGUUGUGCCAGCCAUAAAUGAAGGGAAGAUAACGUACGUUGAAGAUGUAGUUGAAGGCCUUGAGAGCGCUCCAGCAGCUCUGGUUGGGCUCUUUGCCGGCCGCAAUGUAGGAAAGCAGGUUGUUGUAGUUUCCCGAGAAUGAUUGAACCAACUCUAUACCUCUGAACCUUUUAGCUAUAUGGUGGUGUUAUCUAUUGUAAAUGCAACUUAUGCAUUGAAAUUAAACUGAAGCUUGUACUGGUUUGUGACAAGAAUUGCUCUUGUACGUCAUUCUGUUGACGAGAACUGUGUCUCCUUUAUAAAUGUUGUUUCAAUCAUAUAUGCAAAGAGUUGUAAUUUCCUUUAGUAUGACAAAGUUUGGGUCGAUUAUUCUCCUC